AUGCAGGUGGACAAGGAGGCGUAUGCUAUCAUAUUUGGAGUGAAGAAAUUCUUCCAAUAUCUCUACGGCCGAAGAUUCACCUUGCUUACCGACAACCAGGCUAUCUCAAAGAUCUUCGGGGAGCACAAAGGGUUGCCGGUCAUGUCUGCGUUACGGAUGCAACACUACGCUACGUAUUUGCAAAGCUUCAAUUAUGAAAUCCGGUUCCGCAAAUCUGCCAACCACGCGAAUGCUGAUGCCAUGUCGAGAUUUCCGCUGGAUAUUUCUGAUCCUGAGAACGAGAUUGAAGAAUCUGAUGCUGUGGAGCUGAGUCAAAUCGACACUCUACCGUUGACGGCUGCCGAGUUGGGCCAAGUUACUGCUGAGGAUCAUACAGUGCAGAAAUUAAUCCAAGGAAUCAAGCACGGUCAUUCGGUGGAAGCGAAGGAUCGUUUCGGUGUGGAACAACACGAGUUCUCCCUUCAAAAAGGAUGCUUGCUUCGAGGAAUUCGAGUGUACGUGCCUGCUCCUCUCCAGAAACGCGUUUUGGAGGAAUUGCAUUCUACUCACUUCGGAACAACCCGUACGAAGUCGCUGGCAAGAGGAUACUGCUGGUGGCCUGGUUUGGACCGGGAUAUAGAGGAUAUGGUAGCCAAUUGUGCCGACUGCCAGUCGGUACGUGCCGAGCCGGCGAAGAUGAACCUUCAUUGCUGGGAAACACCAACAGCCCCUUUCCAGAGGGUUCAUGUCGACUUUGAUGGUCCCUAUUUGGAUACCUACUUCUUCAUCUACGUGGAUGCCUACAGCAAGUCUAGGUCUAAAUAUGCAGGUCCAUCACGGCCGAAAGUACCGUCAAUAUGUAUCGCGAGAUCUUCAGCAAGUUUGGCAUUCCGUCAGUCCUGGUGA